AUGACUAGCCUCACUGACUCAGUUUCCAUCACUUUUUGCCGAGAAACAAACGGAGAACAAGAAGGAAUGAAACUUUUCCAACAUCUCAGACAACCCAUCCUUACUCACAGGAAAAGGCUAACUUCUUCAAUUGGCGUUGGGCUUCUGAGAAAUGUAGGGUCCAGAAGAGGCUUUUGCGCAAGCUCGGAUGACUCGGAGCUUAAGGACUUGAUGGAAUACAUGAAUUCUCUGAAGAACUACGAGAAAUCGGGCGUUCCCAAAGAUGCGGGUACAGAUUCGGAAGACGGGUUUGAUCUGGGUCGGAUGAGACGGUUGUUGGAGCUACUGGGUAAUCCUCACUCUAAGUUCAAGGCCGUUCACAUUGCCGGGACCAAGGGGAAAGGAUCAACCGCUGCAUUUCUCUCCAGCAUUUUGAGGGCAGAAGGGCAUUCUGUUGGUUGUUAUACUAGCCCGCAUAUUCAAACUGUCAGGGAACGUAUAUCAAUGGGAAGGUUUGGCGAACCAGUGUCAGCAAAGGCAUUGCGUUCUCUUUUCCAUAGGAUUAAAAAGAUUCUUGAUCGUGCAAUGGAAGUUGAAAAUGGGCGUAUGAGUCAUUUUGAGGUUCUCACUGCUAUGGCAUUCACACUAUUUGCUCAAGAGAAUGUUGGCAUUGCGGUUAUUGAGGCUGGGUUAGGCGGUGCACGUGAUGCAACUAAUGUCAUUUGUAGCUCUGGACUUGCCACAUCGGUCAUAACUACAAUAGGUGAGGAACAUUUGGCUGCACUUGGAGGUUCUUUGGAAAGCAUUGCAACUGCGAAGUCCGGAAUCAUUAAACAAGGUCGCCCAGUGGUUCUGGGUGGUCCCUUCCUUCCACGUAUUGAGCACAUUCUUCGUGAUAAAGCUUUCUUGAUGAGCUCCCCUGUAGUAUUAGCAUCAGAUGCUGGAAAUAGAAGUAAGAUAAAUGGCGUUAGCAUGCUCAAUGGUAGACCUUUCCAGUCUUGUGAUAUAGUGAUACGAGUUGAAAGGGACUUAAAGCUGUUCAUUGAGUUAUUGGAUGUCAAACUAUACAUGCUUGGAACUCACCAACUUCAGAAUGCAGUAACUGCUACUUGUGCAGCACUAUGUCUUCGCCACCUAGGAUGGAGAAUUUCAGAUGACUGCAUUAGAACUGGUUUACAGCAGACACACUUGCUUGGAAGAAGUCAAUUUCUAACGUCAAAAGAAGCUCAGGCAAUAGGACUAUCUGGCGCAACAAUGUUGCUUGAUGGAGCCCACACCAAAGAAUCUGCUAGAGCAUUGAUGGAGACUAUAAAGAUGACAUUUCCAGAGGCAGGAUUGACUCUUGUGGUUGCAAUGGCUAGCGACAAAGAUCAUCUUGGUUUUGCAAGAGAGUGCCUCUCAGGUGGGCAUGUCAAUGGUGUCGUUUUGACAGAAGCUAGCAUUGCUGGGUCAAAAUCUCGGACAACUGCAGCCUCAUUGUUAAGGAAUUGCUGGAUCCAAGCUUCCAAGGAACUGGGAAUAGAUGUUCUCCAUGACGAAAUGUCGGAGCAUCAAGAUUUGUCUGUGGAUCAGUUAAUUUGCUUAAGCAAGUUGGGAAAUAAACCCAUAUUGGCCGCGGAGGCUUCAUUUCAGGCUUCCCUGAAUACAGCAAAUCAGAUUCUCAGAGGAAGAACUGGGGAUCGUUUAGGAAUUGUUGUAAUUACUGGUUCCUUGCAUAUAGUUUCAUUGGUAUUAGCUACCCUCCAUCACCAUGUUUAA